AUUAAUAACCAAGUGUGGUCGGCUUCCAAGUGUUUCUGGCACAACCAAACACUCACAACAAUACAGAAUACUCAUUCAAAACCAAAUACUCACAACACAAUCAAAAACUCACAUCAUCAACAAUCAACCAAAUACUCACAAGACAACUAAACAUAACAAAUUACUCACAACACGACCAAACAACCAAAUACUCCAAACAUGACCAAACAACCAAAUACUCACAACACAACUAAACAUAACAAAGUACUCACAACACGACCAAACAACCAAUUACUCCCAACAUGACCAAACAACCAAAUACUCACAACACAAACAAAUAAUUAAAUAUUUACAACACAACCAAAAACAACCCAAUACCCACAACAAUACCUUAUACUCACAACAAAACCAAAUACCCACAACAAGAUCACUAACUCACAACAACUAAAUACCGUGUUGUCAAAUAGAUGAGAAUGUUUUAUAUAUUCACCUUUUCACCUACUCGCAUGUUUUUCGAAGCACGUUGAUCUCUCAGGGCCACCGUCAUUUCCGUGUCUCCAUAGAAACUAAUGACCCGCUCCAUGCCCCUCUGUGAUUGGUCGACCCCGCUGCUCACUGCCUCUUCACCUCCUCCUCAGCGUGUUCUGCAGAUGUACGGCUGCUGUACAUCAUCUGGACUUUACUAUAAGACUGGAUCAUAUACGAAUGUACAGCUGCUGCACGUGUAUCCUUGUGGUAAAAGUAAAAAAGUAGAACUCUCAGACUGCAGUGACGCAGUGAGCUGCUGCUGCUGCUGGACGUGGAAAUCAAAAGCGAAAGCGAUUUUUGUUAAUUUUGUUCUCUUUCACUUGUGUCACUUCAUCUCGUGCUAACUCAACUUAAACUUUUAAGAAGAGCAAGUCAGACUCCAUGAUGAUAACUGAAGUCGUUUUGUUUGGAUACUUCAUGACGUGCGUUUGUGCGGAUGGAGUUGCCGAUGUGGUUCUGUCCUGCACCCUGGUGGAAGACGGAGUCGGCCAUCAUGGAAUGGGCGCCGCCUUCACGCGGACUCCAGCUACUCUCGUCUUUAGAGAUGUCGCAGUGGCUCCUGAGGAAUCGCUGGAAACUCUUACUCAGUUUGUCCCACCCUCAGUCCCUGACCCAGACCUCAUUCUGUUUGAGGCCCAAGUGUCAUCGGUCGAGAUCCCCGGUGCAGAUGUGCUGCUCCAUGCGGACUGCAACGAGCAGGAGGUGAUGUGUGAAAUAAGCCGCUACGCUCCUCGAGGAUCCCAGGGAGGCUCGGAUCCAGCCUAUUUCAUGGUGUCCAUUAAUGUUGAGGGAGUUGAGUUCAGCACUGUGUUGAUCCUGCAGACCACUGUGGUGGAGAAGGAUCACACAACACUGAUGCAAAGCAAACUGGGUCUGCCUCUCAGCCAGUCGGGUUGUCUGCCGAUUGAGGUGAUAUUCCUGGUGUUUUCCCAUGUUAAGUCUGUAAAUGCCCCUCUGAGUGGUGAGGUCCUCCUCAACUGUGGCUUCAAGCAGCACGAGAAAGUCUCAUCCCUGGAUGUGGGCAUUGAAUGGCGGAUGCAGCACAGAGGGAAGGGGCACAAAGUGUUUGAUAUGAAGACAAGGCUGGAUGACGCAGAAGGAAACACAGUUGUGCAUGCAGAAAGGACAGGCUCCAGCAUGGAUGCCUCCGGGGUUGCCAGUGAGGGGAACGUCUCUGUGACCCUGAACAAGGUGCAGGUUUCGGACGAGGGGUCCUACAUCUGUACCGUUACCUCAGGCCUUUUCCACGCGCAGCAAGUCAUUCAACUCCAUGUUAUUCAGCCGCCCCACGUUUCGCUAUCAGAGGAGAAGCUGGUUUUGAAGAAAGAUUCUCCUCAGACACUGAGCUGUCACUGCAGUAACUACUUCCCACUGGAUGUUCAGAUGGAGUGGUUAUCCAUGUCGCCUACAGAUACAGAGCCUGCAGUCUUUCCAGAUCAGGGAUCACUGUCCAGCCAUCGGCAGCAUAGCGACAGGACGUACUCCCUGUCCUCUCACCUGGCUGUGCCCCCCACUGUCCCCCCAGGCACCAAAAUCAUCUGCAGGGUGUCUCACCAAACCCUGGACGCUCCUCUCUCUCUGAGUGUGGAGGUACAAAGUCCAGAGCAAGAUUCCUAUUUGAUUGUUCUGGGUUUCCUGAUUGUCACUGUCAUUUUCUUCUACAAUCUUAUGAGAUAAGUGUCGUAUGUGGAGAUUCUGAGUAAAUCCUCCUGACUUCAUUUGUGUCAUUAACACGUCUCUAAGUUAUUACUGCUUAACUUACAAAAAAAAAAUCUUUGUUAGGUUCUUACAAUGAAUGUAGCCUCCUCUUGACUGGAUAAAGACAUAUGUUGGGCAAAAAGAUAGUAAUUUAAUUUUGAUGUGUAUAUUUGUUUGAUAUAUUUUUUUGUUGAAUGUUGUUUGUGGUGAUUCACUCACAUUUCUGUAAUCAAUUCUUAGCACCUGCAUAAAUCCCAAUUUUCAAAUUACAAACUGUAAUUGAUUUUUUUCAUACUAUGUAUUUGUUGCGCUCACUGAUGCUGUUUGAAUGUGUAAUUUUGUUAUUAUGGCUCUUUCUCUUUGUCUAUUUGUGUGAUGUUGAUAUUGUUACUGUUUUUUGUCAUUUUCUUUUCAUCUAUAAGGAUUUUGUGAUACAGACUCUAAAAUGAUCCCUGUUGGAGUUUGUUGCUUCUUUUUCUAUAGUUAUUCAGAGGCAGAGUAAGGAUAGUUCUAAAUCAGGGGCCAGAAAGGGGCCACAAUUUACAGAGAGGAGCCAAUUAUAACAUCAGUGCACAAUUGAGUUAGUGCUGAAGCUUUAAGCAAAGCCAAACAUCAAUAAAUAUAUUUUGAAAUUUGAGCCUUUUUAUGCACAUUCUAUAAAAAAAAGCUUCGAAAAUGUAAAUUAUUUGCAAAUUAUAUUAUUGUUAGUAUUGUUAAUGAGUGAAGUAUUGACUGGACAAGGGCACUUCAGGGGCCAGUCAGAUUUCAGCUGGGACCAGUGGCCCCCUGCCCCUGGAUACGCCCCUGUGGUUUAUUAUUGUUGCAAAUGUCUUUUUGUUUGUCUGCAUUAAAAAAAAAUCAUAAAAUUUGAA